GGCGAUACUGGGCGACCCGCCUUGAAACUUGAAAGUUCAAACUUCAUUCAUGCUCGUGUCUACAGUACCUAUUAUUAAUUGUUAUUAUUGUAUUUGAAUGUCGAUUGUUAUUUGAUUUUCGAAGUUUCAAACGUUCAUACUAUUAAAUAUACUGAGAACCGCAAUAUACUUGGUACUUCCAAUACAGUCGGCGAUAAGCGAUUUAAUAUUAAAAUCCGUUUUGACCGAGCAAAUCUCAGAGGUGAGAUUUAGUUCAGUUAGAGUGUUUGAUGUGAUCACAGUGCAUUAAAUUCUGACAAAAGUUUUGUUUUACAUAAUAUUCAAUAUGAAUUUGAAGUUCUGUGCUAACUUAUCGUUUAUGUACCAAGAAGCAAAUUGUCUUUUGGAGAGGUAUGGUUUGGCCGCUAAAUCCGGAUUUACUUCUGUGGAGUGUGCAUUUCCAUACUCAGAUUCUUUGGAAAAAGUAGUGAAAGCAAAAACCGAUGCCAAUGUACAACAAAUCUUGAUAAAUGCACCUAGGGGCGAAGCCAAUGAACUAGGUUUUGCAGCGAUUCCAAGUAUGGAGGAUAGUUUUCGUUCAUCUAUUGAUUUGGCUGUGUCUUAUGCAAAAGCUUUGAACUGUUCUAAGAUCCACGUAAUGGCAGGCAUCGUUGUUCAACCCACGGAAGUUAAUCAUCAGGCUUAUGAAAAAAAUUUAGCUUAUGCUGCACAAAUCUUUGAAACGAAAGGCAUUACGGGCUUAAUUGAACCAAUCAAUAAAUAUUCAGCUCCAGGAUAUUAUUUAAAUUCAUAUGAACGAGCAAUUGAUGUAUUGAAAAAAAUUAAUAGUCCUAAUCUGAAGCUACAAUUAGAUAUAUUUCAUUUGCAACAGAUCAAAGGAGACCUGACAAAUAACAUUAAGAGCUUGCUACCUUAUGUAGGACAUAUUCAAUUGGCUCAAGUUCCUGCACGUAAUGAACCAAAUACCCCAGGUGAAAUAGAUUACAAUUAUAUUUUUCAACUUUUAGAAGAACUUAACUAUAGUGACUGGAUCGGUUUAGAAUAUACCCCAAAAGACGAUACAGACAAAGGUUUAUCAUGGCUAAGAGAUUUAAAAAGAACUGUAACAUUUUGAUGAGGAAUAUUUAAUAAAGUAUAUUACAACUUGCAAGCAUUAAAAAAAAUAAGUUAAUAAUACAA